GGCGAGUGGGGCACUGACGUUCUCGAAUUCUCGACCCUGCGGGGUGCGAUUUUCUUUGCAGAGUCCCCUUUGCCGUUGGAUCUUCAAAAGUUCAACAUUUGCCCCGCAGCGAAUCUGUCAGCAUCCAAUCUUUUUCUUCGAUAUUCCAGCAAUCUACUUCUGAGUCAUUUGAAGUAUCUCGAACUGCUAUAUAGCUCUAUCUGUCCUUUACGACCUCUUUGCGCAACUCCGAACACAGCUAGACUUCCCAACUCUCCUCAACACGGCCUCGACAAACUCCUCCACCAUGCCUGCUCUCGAGGGCAUCCUAGAAGCCGCCAAUGCGCCUCAACAAGAUGGCCAAAUCACCUUCCCCCCCGUCACGCGGGACCACAUCCUGCACUGCUCCUACGACUACUGGUUCCCCAAGUACCGCACCUCGUGCAUCCGCUCGCGCCUGAUCCCGCUCAGCCGGGAGUUCAUCUCCUACAUCCGCGAAGACGGCAUCAUCCUGGCCGACGACGAGCCCGGCAACGAGAACGACUCGGAUGACGACGACUGGGAGCCGACCGCCCCUUCCUCCGAGAUCCCCCCGCCUCCGCGCAACCCCGGCGACGCAGAUAACGAUUCCGACUCGGACGACGAGGACUCCACGCCCGCCAAGCUCCCGCCCAACAAGCGCUUCCCCGAGCUGCACAACGCCAUCAACGCGGCCAUCAAGGCCCUCGGCGGCGCCGCCGCCCCCAAGCUCAACUGGUCCUCGCCCAAGGACGCGACCUGGAUCUCGCGCCACCCCAACACGGUGAAAUGCACCACGGCCAACGACGUCUACAUCCUGCUCAAAUCGUCGUCCUUCAUCAGCCACGAUCUCGACCACGCCUUCGACGACUGCGUUCCCGGCCCCUCUUCCUCGACAACCUCCUCGACAACACAACAUCUGUUCCAACCCGUCCUCGUCCUCCGCUCCUUCUUCCUCCCCCUCCCCUCUCUCGAAUUCCGCUGCUUCGUCAAAGACCGCAACCUGAUCGCCAUCACCCAGCGCGACCUCAACUACUACGCCUUUUUGCGCAACCUGCGGCCCGCCAUCAUCGCGCGCUGUCGCGAGCUGUUUGAUACCAAGCUCAAGUACACGUUUCCCGAUUCGUCGUUUGUGUUUGACGUUUACAUCCCCGAAGCUGCGUACCGGUCUGAUUCGGAAAGCGACGAUGAUGAGACGUCAGAGGCUAGAAGCAGAUUGGCGAGGGCGAGGUUGAUUGAUAUUAACCCGUGGGCGCCGAGGACGGAUACGAUCUUGUUUGGGUGGGAGGAGUUGUUGGAGGCGGAGGUGAAGAUGCCUGUGUUGGGGACGGCGGAGUCAACACCAACGGAGAAGAAGGAGAAGACUGUCAGGCUACGGUUUUCCACCACAGGAACUGCUGGUAGGGGAGAUGAUAACCUUACGGAACCAGAAGAGGAGGGCGAGGAUGACUUCGAUGAUGAGACGACGGAGGAUGACGAGCAGGAAGAGGAGGAGUACGAGGUUGAGCUGAGGUUGGUGGAGCAGGAUGAUCCGGCUGCGUACAACUUUAGCUCGCCGCAGUACUCGGCGCAUAAGAUGCCGAAGGAUGUAGUGGACGCUAGUAUGGCGGGCGAAGGGGGCAUGAGGGAGUUUGCUAGGGAGUGGCAGAGGUUACAGGAGCAGGGGAGGGGCGGUGGUUCUAGCAGCUAGCUGAGUGUAUCAGAGCUUCCGUGGUGGACAUUAAGUUUAUGAGAUAUUGAAGGCUAUAUAAAGGCGUUAGUUAUCUCAUUCAAUUUAGGUAUAUCACAAGCGACCCGACCAAAAGCAAUAGCA